UUUCAUCUUCAUCUUCAUCUUCUUCCUUCACAUUUCUUUUCUGGCAAAAUAAAUAAAUAAAUAAAUGAUGGAUUGUUCAAUUUGCAGUGCAAUGCCAUAUAUUCUGAGGCCUCCAAGAAACACAAUAUGUGGAGCUUGCUACGAAGGAGCUAGAACGAUUAUCGCUUUGACUAACAAACUCGACACCACCAUCGAUAAAGGUUCCGAUAAACCUUCUACUAAUCCCGUUUCUUCAUCGAAUUCAGCCAAGGGAUUUGCAAAUGCAUUAAAAUGGGUGAAGGAGAUGAAAGAAGUAGAAGAGGACCUAAACGAAAGAAUAAAUUACCUAAGUGGAUUUGCCGAUGUUUUCGCAGAUCAAAUCCACACCGAUAUUCAAGUUCAGCCCGGAAAUAAUCAACCGUCGAUACCCGCACAUCGAGCAUUAUUGGCUGCAAGAUCAUGCAUUUUCAGAAACAUACUCGAUUCGGACGAAUGCAAAGCCCCGCCGAACCAGACGAUAACUCUUUCCGAACUAAGCCACGACGAGUUAGAAUCUCUUCUGGAGUUCCUGUACAGUGGGAAUCUUGCAAAGGAGAAAGUGGAGAAACACGUUUACGCGCUGUCGAUCGCUGCGGACAAGUACGAGAUCCCGUUUCUGCAGAAGUUCUGCGAGCAACACAUGCUCGGUUCGUUGAGCUCGUCUAACGCGCUAGAUAUCUUGGAAAUAUCUGACACGUGUUCGAAUCAAUCUCUAAAGGAGACGGCAUUAAACUACAUUGUUAGAAAUAUGGAGGACGUGGUUUUCUCGGCGAGGUUCGACGCGUUUGCGCUUAAGAACCCUCAUUUGACCGUGCAGAUUACGAGGGCUUCGUUUAUGGAUAUAAGGAAUCGAAGGGCUGCUGGUGUUUAAUUUAAUUUGAACAAGUGCAUUCAUUCAUUGUAUUAUUAUCUUCAUAUUU